AUGAGUGAUGAAAAAGCGUCGCAUCGUUAUUCAUCAUCAACUUCAUUGAAUAAUACGACAUCUGUUCCUUCAAAUUCGUUAUCAGCCGCAGCGAACGGUUCUUCACAACAAUCAUCAGCUCCUACAGUUAAAUCGAAUCAAAAAGAUUUAAAACCAAAUUAUCAAAUAAAAUUUACAUUAUCUGGUCAUUUAAAAGCGAUUUCCUCACUAAAAUUUAGUCUAAAUGGGGAAUGGUUGGCAUCGGCAUCAGCUGAUAAAACAAUAAAGAUUUGGGGAGCAUUUGAUGGAAAAUGUGAAAAAACAAUUAGUGGACAUAAAUUGGGUAUAUCAGAUUUAGCAUGGUCAUUCGAUAAUAGGUUGCUCGUUAGUGCAUCGGAUGAUAAAUCCCUUAAAAUUUGGGAUGUUACGCGUGGAAAAUGUUUGAAAACAUUGAAAGGACAUACAAAUUAUGUAUUUUGCUGUGAUUUUAAUCCACAAUCAAAUUUAAUUGUCAGCGGAUCAUUUGAUGAAUCUGUCAAAAUAUGGGAUGUUCGAUCAUCAAAGUGUUUAAGAACAUUACCAGCUCAUAGUGAUCCAGUGACAGCCGUCCAUUUUAGUCGUGAUGGUACAAUGAUUGUUUCAAGUUCAUACGAUGGUCUAUGUCGUAUAUGGGAUACAUCAAGUGGGAUGUGUUUGAAAACUCUCAUUGACGAUGAUAAUCCCCCAGUGAGUUUUGUUAAAUUUUCACCCAAUGGUAAAUAUAUAUUGGCUGCUACAUUGGAUAAUACAUUGAAGUUAUGGGAUUAUUCAAAAGGAAAAUCUUUAAAACUAUAUACAGGUCAUAAAAAUGAAAAAUAUUGUAUAUUUGCGAAUUUUUCUGUGACGGGUGGAAAAUGGAUUGUAUGUGGAUCAGAAGAUAAUUAUGUUUACUUAUGGAAUUUACAAACAAAAGAAAUUGUACAAAAAUUAGAGGGUCAUACGGAUGUUGUAAUGUGUUGUGCAUGUCAUCCUAAAGAGAAUAUUAUUGCGAGUGGUGCAUUAGAAAAUGAUAAAACAAUUAAAAUAUGGAAAUCGAAUGUCUAA